AUGCUAAAGCCCCAACAAACACCUUUCAGAGAUAUAGUCUCCCUCGAUGGACUUUGGAAAUUCGCUCUCGGAUCCAGCGGUAAUGAGACGGCCGCGCCCUGGACAGCACCAUUAGCUACCAAUCUCGAGUGUCCCGUUCCAGCCUCUUACAACGACAUCUUUGUCGAUCGUCAGAUUCAUGACCAUGUUGGAUGGGUUUACUACCAGCGCGAGGCUAUUGUUCCCAGUGGCUGGUCACACCAGCAAUAUCUCGUGCGCGUCGAGGCCGCCACGCACCAUGGUCGCAUCUAUAUCAACGAUCAUCUGGUCGCCGAGCAUGUGGGUGGCUACACACCUUUCGAAGCAGAUAUCACGGGUCUCGUCUCUGCGGGCAAUAGCUUCCGUCUAACUAUCGCCGUAAGUAACGUGCUGACUCACGAGACUAUCCCUCCGGGCAGGAUCGAGGUGGAGGAGUUUACAGGUAAAAUAACGCAGGUCUACCAGCAUGAUUUCUUCAAUUAUGCUGGACUUGCACGCUCCGUCUCACUGUACUCUGUUCCGAAACAGCACAUCCAGGACAUCAGAGUUGUCACUAAUGUGGAUGGCACAACCGGGCUGAUCGAUUACCUUGUCACUGUAUCAAACUCAACGACAGAGCGCAUCAAGAUCAACGUGGUCGAUGAGGAUGGAAGGAAUGUUAUCGAGGCAUCAGGUACUCGUGGUACUGCUACCAUAGAUUCUGCCAGACUGUGGCAUCCGGGAGAUGCAUAUCUUUACCAGUUUCAAGUGAGCAUAGUGGGCUCGGAUGACAGUAUAAUUGACACUUAUAGUGUUGCGACGGGUGUACGCACAGUCAAAGUCAGCGGGAACCAAUUUCUCAUCAACGACAAGCCAUUUUACUUCACUGGCUUUGGGAAACACGAAGACAGUAACGUGCGCGGCAAAGGUUACGACCCAGCGUACAUGGUCCACGAUUUUCAGCUGAUGAACUGGAUGGGAGCGAACUCAUUCCGCACCUCACACUACCCCUACGCCGAAGAGGUGAUGGACUUUGCGGACCGGCACGGAAUUGUUGUCAUUGACGAGACACCCGCCGUUGGCCUAUCAUACUCCAUCGGGGCUGGUCAGUCCAGCGAGGACAGUCAGCAGACAUUCACCCCGGAAGGAAUCAACAAUAAGACGCGCGAAGCUCACAAGCAAGCAGUCCGGGAGCUCAUUGCUCGGGAUAAAAACCACGCUAGCGUUGUCAUGUGGUCGAUUGCUAAUGAGCCUGCAUCGCAUGAGGCAGGAGCUCGUGAGUAUUUCGCGCCACUAGUUGACCUGGCCCACGAGCUUGACUCCACCCGUCCAGUCUGUUUUACAAAUUACGGAGAUGCUACCUAUGAGCUUGAUCGAAUCUCGGAUAUGUUUAAUGUUCUCUGCCUCAACCGCUAUUUCGGGUGGUAUACCCAAACUGGCGAGAUUGAGGAGGCAGAGGCGGCUCUCGAAAAGGAGCUACUGGGCUGGGAGGGCAAAUACGACAAGCCCAUCGUCAUGACAGAAUACGGGGCAGAUACUAUUGCUGGCCUCCAUUCUGUGCUUGGGCUUCCGUGGAGCGAGGAGUUCCAGGUCGAACUGCUCGACAUGUAUCAUAGGGUGUUUGACCGUGUGGAGUCAGUGGUGGGAGAGCAGGUCUGGAACUUUGCUGACUUUCAGGCGGCUGUAGGGGUCAGCAGGGUGGAUGGUAACAAGAAGGGUAUCUUUACGAGGGAUAGGAAACCAAAGGCUGCAGCCCAGACUUUGAGGAACCGAUGGAGGCAUACGUAG